UCCUAACGAGUCCAUAAAUGAGAGUGUACAAUUUGAGCAAAUUUUUUUAGCAGCUACAGGGUACAUCGGAAAUUUACAUAUCAUAUCUUGGAUCAUCAAACCAUAGAUCAAUCCCUAAUUCCAAUCACAUUCAAUCUAGGUCUCAAAUUUUCUUCAUUUUUCCUGAUUCCAGUCUGCUAAUUUCGCGUCUACAAUCAGUUUGUGUUUCUACAAAGGAACGGCGACAUCUGCUUUGAAGUUUGAGGGAAAGUCUGAUUUUUGGUGCAAUGUCAGCUCCUGUACCUCCAGGGGCAACUAGACCCAACAACCAACGCCCGACUGGACCUCCAGCUGGUUAUAAUCCUAACUUCCCAAGAGGUCCGGAUGCAUCAUUGUCCCAAAAUUUUCAGAAUUUACAGCUCAAUCAACCACAAAAUGCUCCACUACAACCUUUCGGUGCACCUAAUAGGCCACCUCCUUUUGGCCAGAACCCACCAACUUUUGCUGGACCUUCGCCUGUAUCUAGGCCAGGACCCCCACCACCGGGUGCUGUUCCUAGGGGUGUGGUAACACCUGGUGGUCCUGCACAAAAUAUGAUUUCUGCCAAUAUGGGACCUGGUAGACCUUCAGGACCUAUUCCUAAUCAGCCACCACCGUUCGCCUCCAGAGGUCCUCCUGGAUCUCUUCCUCCAGGGGCGACUCCCCCUCCUUUUCAAGGUUCACAACCUACACCCCCACAACCUAGUGCUCGCCCUACGGGUUUUGGGUCAUCACCAUUGCCGACAGGUCCACAUCCUCCUUCUGCUCAACCCCGCCCCAUUAGUAAUGGACCUCCUUCAUUCACAUCUGGGGCUUUCCCUGCUGGACCUCCUGUUUCUUCUACAGGAGUUCAGCAAUCUGUUGUAGGGGGUCCACCACCCUUUGGGGUGCAGCCUCCAAUAAUGCAUCCUCCUCUUGGAAACCAUCGUGCUAGUGGUCCACUUGCUCCUCCUUCUAUGGAGCCUCCAUCAGGACCAUCACAACCAGUGUCUCCGUUUGCUUUUGCUCCUCAACGUGCACAAGCACCAUCUGCUACUCCGUACGGGCAACAACCGUGGCAGACUCAACCACGUCAGAUGGCUCCUACAAUGUCCAAUUCUCUGCAACCACCUACGAUGUAUGGAAUGCCACAAUCUGCUGUUAGUCACAUUGGAGGUCCAACAGCAUCAAAGGUUGAUCCCAACCAAAUUCCUCGUGCAACUCCAAGUUCAGCUGUCAUCUUGCAUGAGACUCGUCAAGGCAAUCAGGCCAAUCCUCCUCCGCCUGCUACAAGCGAGUAUAUUGUUACAGACACUGGAAAUUGCAGCCCGCGCCUCAUGAGGUGCACGACUAGUCAGAUCCCAUGCACAAGUGAGAUUUUGGCAACUUCAGGGAUGCAGUUGGCUUUGCUGGUUCAACCAUUUGCUCUUCCUCAUCCAUCGGAAGAACCCAUCCAGGUUGUUGACUUUGGGGAAAGAGGUCCAUUGCGGUGCUCUCGCUGUAAAGCAUACAUAAACCCUUUCAUGAAGUUCAUUAAUCAGGGACGUCAAUUCAUCUGCAACUUGUGUGGAUUCACCGAUGAAACACCACGUGAUUAUCAGUGCAAUCUUGGGCCUGAUGGUCGGCGUAGAGAUGCUGAUGAAAGGCCUGAACUGUGCAGAGGCACUGUUGAGUUUGUUGCAACAAAAGAAUACAUGGUGCGUGAUCCAAUGCCUGCUGUGUUUUUCUUCCUCGUUGAUGUUUCCAUGAAUGCCAUUCAAACUGGAGCGACAGCAGCUGCUUGUAGUGCUAUCAAUCAAGUUAUUGCGGAUCUCCCAGAAGGUCCUAGAACUAUGGUGGGAAUUGCAACAUUUGACUCAACGAUACAUUUUUACAAUCUAAAACGUGCAUUGCAGCAGCCACUGAUGCUGAUAGUUCCUGAUGUGCACGAUGUCUACACUCCUCUGGAAACCGAUGUCAUAGUUCAACUUUCUGAGUGCCGUCAACAUUUGGAGCUAUUGCUGGAAAGCAUUCCAACCAUGUUUCAAAGUAAUAUGACUGCUGAUUCAGCCUUUGGUGCUGCAAUCAAGGCUGGCUAUAUGGCAAUGAAGAGUACUGGCGGAAAGCUUUUAGUGUUUCAAUCAGUUUUACCAUCAGUUGGCAUUAGUGCCCUUUCAGCUAGGGAAGCUGAAGGUAGAGCUAACAUGUCUGCAGGAGAUAAGGAGGCUCAUAAAUUGCUCCAGCCUGCAGACAAGACUUUGAGAGAAAUGGCGUUAGAGUUCGCUGAAUAUCAGGUCUGUGUGGAUGUGUUCCUUACUACCCAAUCAUUCAUGGAUAUUGCUUCAAUCUCUGUCGUGCCAAGGACUACUGGGGGACAGGUUUAUUACUAUUAUCCGUUCUCGGCAAUCUCUGAUACAGCCAAGCUUUAUAAUGAUCUUAGAUGGAAUGUGUCAAGGCCUCAAGGUUUUGAAGCUGUGAUGCGUGUGCGUUGCAGCCAGGGUCUUCAAGUGCAAGAAUACACAGGAAAUUUCUGCAAGCGUAUUCCAACAGAUGUUGACCUUCCUGCAAUUGAUUGUGAUAAGACUAUAACAGUGACUUUAAAGCAUGAUGAUAAACUACAAGAUGGCGCAGAAUGUGCUUUUCAGUGCGCUAUUCUCUACACCACGGUGUAUGGCCAAAGAAGAAUCAGAGUCAUGAAUCUUUCUCUUUCGUGUACAAGUACAUUACCUAAUCUAUUUCGCUCAGCUGACUUGGAUGCUCAAUUCACUUGUUUCCUGAAACAAGCUGCAAGUGAAAUUCCUAGUCUUCCUCUCUCACAAGUCAGGGAGCAUGCAACAAAUCACUGUAUCAACAUUCUGCAUUCAUAUCGAAAAUUUUGCUCAACUGUCCAAUCUUCUGGACAACUCAUUCUUCCAGAAGCACUCAAACUUCUGCCUUUAUACACUCUUGCAUCAACUAAAAGUAUAGGAUUGAGAACUGAUGGGCGGUUGGAUGAUCGGUCAUUCUGGAUGACUUAUGUUUCUUCCGUAUCUGCACCUCUGGCAAUUCCAUGGGUGUAUCCUAGGAUGAUAGCUGUCCAUGAUCUAUGUUCUAAGGAAUCGGAUGGCUCUCUCAUUCCAUCUUCACUCCCGCUGUCUAGUGAAAAUAUCAGUGAUAAUGGAAUCUACCUUCUUGAGAAUGGCUUGGAUGCUUUAAUUUAUGUUGGAAAUUCCGUGGACUCUAAUAUUCUUCAGCAACUACUUGGCAUUUCUUCAGUAGCUGAAAUCCCAACCCAGUUUGUGCUGCAACAGCAUGAUAAUCCACUCUCAAAGAAACUAAAUGAAGUCAUUAAUGAGAUACGACGUCAGAGAUGUUCUUAUCUACGCUUAAAAUUGUGCAAGCAAGGAGACUCUUCAGGAAUGAUGUUUUCAUCGUACAUGGUGGAAGACAAGACUCCAAUGGGUUUAUCCUAUGUCGAGUUUCUGGUACAUAUACAUCGACAGAUACAGGGUAAAAUGGAUUAACGUAUGUAGAUACCUGAACAAGUUGUACGGAUAGAGUCAAUCAUCAAAUGAGCGGCACAUGAAAUCGAGGGAAAGACGAUAAAUCUAUGCUUCUGUUGUGAAACAGAUACUGAGAUGAUGUUGUAGUUUUUUUUUUUUUUUUUUUAAUUAACUGAGGAUUUGGCAUCAUCAUUUUCAUCAUUAUUUACCAAACUUGUGUGUAAUAUUUUGUUUAGCAAGAAU